AUGGAGGAGGGGGUCGACCCCGCCAACGGCUUGACAGAGCUAGGGCUGGAGCAGGCGCGCACGGCCGGCAAGGAGCUGAAGGAGGUACUGCUUGGGGCGGGCUGCUCGCCGGCGAACACGAUGGUGGUGACGUCGCCGUUCUCGAGAGCAAAGGAGACAGCAGAGGCAAUCCGAGAGUGUCUGGACUGCGACCUCCGGGAAGAAAGAGAUCUCCGAGAGCGCUACUUCGGAGAACUUGACGGCCGCGAGGAUCACGCCAGCUACGCCAAGGUCUGGGCCCUCGACGCCGUCAGCGCCCGCCACGGGGAGCUCGGGGUGGAGCCAGCUACCCAGGCAAGAAGAAUAGCACAUCACUCCAAUCAAAAGUAG